GUUUCCUUGUCCCCUGUCCCCUCCUCGGUCAACGCACUAAACUAAAAUGUCUGACUCUACUACCUCUUUCUUUCCGACACCGCUGCUACAUCACUGAACCUACGCGAAUGCAACUGUUGCACGGAGAACCCCUCUUGCCAUGGCUCACCUUGUGGGGAGCGAGCCUACCCGUCCAAAGGGCAGAUAUUCCAAUGGCUCCGUGAAAACCUGCCAGAAUUGCGCUAGAGCCAAAAUACGGUGCAUUCGCCAUGACACUACGGGAAGCUGCGAUAGAUGCGAGCGUCUGGGGAAAGACUGUCAUUUCCGGGAGGGCCGAAGCACGAAUAUUGGGAACAGUCGAGACAGCAAAGACAGAAGGAUCGAUGUACUGGAAGCCAAAGUCGAUCAGCUUCUGGCGCAGUCAACGACCCCAAAUCUGAGAGGAGGUAGUACAACCGAGGGGAGUCCUGCAAGCUUCACUUCACACUCCAAAGAUGUCAUUGACAAAGGACUGCUUACCAUUGACGCCGCCAACUUGCUGCUGAAUGAAUUUCGAGCGACUCUCAUGCCCCACUGUCCGUUCGUUGUCAUCUCGCCACAGCUUUCUGCAGAAGAUCUACGGCGAGAUAAGCCAUUUCUCUUCCUUGCGAUUUUAAAUGCUGCCCUGUAUGACAACAUGCCUUUGCAGCGCACGGUCGAGAAAGAGGUAAAGAAGAUGAUUAGUGACUGCAUGAUAUUUGAUGGCCCGGUCUCGUUCGAGAUACUGCAAGGACUCUUGGUCCAUCUUGCAUGGUGUCAAUAUCACUCGAGACCACGCCGGUUCUCCCAAUAUCUACACCUUGCAAUCAGCAUCAUAACUGACCUGCAGCUUGACCGUGCGCCCGAGUAUCGGUUUUGGAGGACUAGAGUCAACUUUGAUUCUGAAAGACAGGGGGAGUCAAUAUCAUGGGGUCAUGACGAACGACGAGCUGUCAUUGGAUAUUUCUAUUUCGCAUCAAGCGUCUCACAGAUAUUGCACAAGCAAUGCUCCUUUUCAUACUUGCCGUAUUUCGAAGACUGUUGCAGGUUGUUGGCGACUGACGCUGAGUACGCUUCCGAUCAGUGUCUUCUCCAUGUUGUACAACUCCAGCGGCUUUCAGAGAAGAUUACUUCCAUCUCGGCUCAGAACAUCCUAGCAGCCCACAGUGAUGGUCUAGCUAUCGAGCGUUCUUUUCACGAGUUGAAAUCCGAGCUUGAGCUAUAUCGAGCUGACCUACCGUGUCGGCUGAACGAGAACCAUAUCCUCUUCAUGCAAUUCUAUACUGCCGAGCUAUAUCUAUGCCAAAUCACCCUUUUUGAUCACAGGCCUAGCGCACAGAAGCUACAAUUCGAUUCCUCCUUCCAGAUCGAAGCUCUACGUAUGGGCCUUGCCGCGGCAAAGGCUCUACUUGACCAUCAUCUGGGUCUACCACUGCGUAACGAAGUGGCGUUCAACAAUGCUAUGUGGAUCCAGAUCGGCUUCGCACUGACUCUUGCUUGUAAGCUUGUUGUAGCAGGUUCGGAACCUUCAGCACACCCCCAUACAGCCGAACUGUGCCGUGCGCUAGACAUAUCAAACACAUUGAGUCGCUGUAUCCUCCGCAUUCAGGCGCUGGUCACAACUAGCAUGGACGCCACAGGAGACCGAGACGUCUUCUAUCACUAUGAAAAGCGCCUGAAGCGUGUUCAAUGGUGGUUUGAAACCCGGGCACUAUCGGGACCUAAAAAUGAUUCUUUUCAGUUAUCUACACAGCCAGCAGACAGAACGGGUCCGCCCUCCGGAGAUGGGGUUAGCUAUGUCGAGUCUUCACAGCCACUGGACGAGUUGAAUGACUAUCCCCUGAUACCGCGGGAGGCAUACGAUAUUCAGUGGCCUGGAUUCUUUCCGGAUGCCACGAUCGAUGAUCUAUUUGUCGAUUGGAUGGCACAAGCGACAGUCCAUUCGAGCAGCAGCGCUUGCGAUAACUUGCCAACAUGAUGGCUCAGACAACACUGACAUUAUCUAGGCAUACGCAGUCACAAGAUGGGCAUAAUCUCUAAUACAUACAAUCUUAGUACAAGCCGCCAAUGCAGUAGAGUAUUUACACUGGAACGCUUGCGGUUGAGUCACGACGGGUAGUCGGCGGUGUUGUCUGAACCCCAAAAAUAACAGUAGCCAUCACAAUGAGCGCUAUUCCAGCCCCACACCACCCCAGCCAGUUCCCAAAGACCUGCUCAGAGACAGCAACUUCAUCGCCGCGAGGAAGCAAUCCUUCAAACCGCAUGAAGAAGGCAUCCUCCGUGCUAUCAAAGAGCGUUGGAGGCACUAUGGAAAUUCCAGGGUUCCCCUUAAUGGAACGCAACCACAUGGCAAGGACCCGGCUGACAAGCAUCGAGCCUGCGCUGAUAAAGGCCAUGACAUAUGCCGGCACGAAAGACCACUGGUGAUCAUGUAUACUCAAAGCAACUUUGAUAAUGAAGG